AGGAUCGUUCGCAAUGAGGUGGGUGUCCCUUCGGGGAUUGCACGACACUAAAAAGUUCCCCAUCAGCUGGACUGCACGACACUAAAAAGUUCCUGGAGGUCUUAGUGAAAUAGGUUUGUUAUCCAUAGUAUGUAGUCAAAUAGGGGAAAUUGAAUUUUAUGCGUUUCUGAUAGUGCUGAUAGUAGCUCGGAGGUUUUUUACCGAUUCUAGGAGUGGGUACGGCGCUGGAUGGGUUAUGUAUAGCAUAGUCAACUUUACUCAUUUUGAAAUAGAUUUGGGGGGAGUAGCUGUAGUUAUUUAUAUAGAAAGGGUGGGGUUUUUUAUAUGUAAUUUUGGAAGAUUAUUUGUUCUUUGUUUUUCUAUUAGUUCUGCACUUGUUGUGGUACUUUUUAGAUCACUCUGUUGUUCUCUAAAGUCACUUCGGCAUUAAUUAAUAAAAUUCAAGCUCAAGCUAUGUUUGCCU